GAGAAAGUUUCAUUCAGAACUGGUUGAUAGAUCGCAGACGCGGAGCUGUUGAUUUAUUGCCAUUCUUUACAGCGCUGAGUGCGAACUAAAUAUUAAAUACCCAAAUAACGGUUCAGUUUACUUACACAGCUGUACGGAAACGAGGCAAAUAAGACACACGUUACUUAUUACUGGGUGUUUUUCUUGGAUUGACUCACAGAGGGUCUAAAUGGGUCUGUUGUGGAUCUUUUGCAUCGGAGCGAGUAUCUGCGCUUUGCUCGCCUCUGCUGAAAGACACACCGUUUUCUGGAAUAGUACCAACCCUAAGUUCCGAUGGGACGACUAUGCGGUUGAGGUGCGGCUGAACGACUACCUUGACAUCGUAUGCCCACACUACCCACUGGGUGAGAUACCGUCGCAAGACGCCGAGCGCUACGUGCUCUACAUGGUGGAACGCGAAGACUACGACUCCUGCCGUCCCCAGUCCUACGACCAGAUGCGUUGGGAAUGUGGCCAUCCGUUUGCCCCUCACGCACCUGAGAAGUUUUCUGAAAAGUUCCAGCGAUUCACUCCAUUCACUCUGGGAAAAGAAUUCAGACAGGGCGAGAGCUACUACUAUAUCUCCAAACCUCUGCACCACCAUGGACAGGACUGUCUGAGGCUCAGAGUGGAUGUAGUUGCCAAUGAUGGCUCGCAAGAAGCCAGGGUUGGAUCAGGGGGUGGAGCCAAGGCGGGCACACGGGGAGGAGCUCACACUCCGUCCAAUCGGUUACCAGCAGGUACGAUAACGUCACACCUAGAUGAUCCAAUCGUAGCUUUUCCAGAAGUACAAAAAAGCAUACGGACAAACUCUGCCAUGUCGAUAGCAUCCUGGACCGUCCUCACAACGUUACUCCCUCUCGUAUUAUUGUUAGUCUUACACUGAGACGGACAACUGGACUUUAAAUUACACUUAAAACUACAAUGACAGACAGUCCUGUGUUGAUAAAAACACAGGGGUAGCUCUUUAAAGCCCAGUGCUGGCCAUUGGGGGAAACUAAUAGGAAGCUUUUCUACAACGAGGAAACUGGGAAGGACUUACUGGAAUGAAGUGGGCUUUCUUUUGGACACUUCUAAAGAAAAAAACAAGACGUCAGUAUUUUUCUGGAAAGAUCGUUAAUGCAAAAGGACUUUUUUUCACCCUUUUUGCUUUAAUUCGGACUAAAUAACAAACUGAAACAUUUUAUUCGUGACGGUCUUCGAAUACGGACCACCCUUGUAUCUGUAACCCUUGUGUCAUAAUUAGGGGACGCAAGCCAAGAAUGAGCCAAAGACCACAAAGCGAUCUUUUUUCGUGUUUCAUUGGUCCAGAUGCGUAUUAAUUUAUGUAGCACAAGUGCAGUGGGGUUUAUUCUCGACAUCUCCAUUCACAAGACUGUGUUUUGUAUGUACCGAACCGAACACACAGACACACACUCCAAUACUGUUUACCAAACCCUCUGACACAAUGCUGUUGUUUUUGUACAUUCAUUGUUUAAAGUUAGUAAAUUAUUAGGUUUGCUGUAGAACAAAUGACUGUAUAUAGCCGACAGAAAUGUUUACUGUGGGAGAGAGAGAGAGAGAGAGAGAGAAAAUGGGACGAGAGAGAGUUUAAUUGAUUGGUUGAAUGUGUAUUUUGAUGUGUAAGUGAAAAAUAAGAGGAAAUAAUAUUGAUCGGCUAAAUACACACAAGGCUCUUUCACACCCAGGACGAUAACUAAGUAUAAAUAAAACGUUUUUUAAAUCAUCGUAAAUGUAAAUAAUAGCGAAGUCCAUACCACGACCUGUUGGGACAGGCAGAUCAAAGUCGAUUAAAAUCAAAUGGGCUCCCGCAUUUAAAAUGUAAAACUACGCCAUGCAAGCUUAAAAUAAACGUAAUAUUAUCUUAUGUUGGUUAAUAUAGUUAUCAUUGUAUUGAUUCGUAUGUAUAGUUAUUGUUCUUGGUGUGAACAGGCUUUUAAGUGUGUGUUUAAGCAGAAGAACUGUGAUUGGUCUGUCCUGAUAUUAUUGGGUCAGAACAGCAUCCUCAGCAUUUAAACUGCCAAGCACAAUCGAUGAAAAGCACACAAUCGCUCGGACAGCACAGAUCACAAACCUCACAUUGGACCUGAACAAUUAUCCUGUGUUUUUUGGACAAACAGCUAACCAGAAAUAACCUAUUGUUCGGGUGCAGAAGAAAGAUUAAUAUGCGGACUGAAUUGUAUUUCAGUUGUAUGCCAGUUGGACCAAAAGCUAUAAAUUGUUAUUGCGGUAAACUGAUAUAGGUAUGUAAAUGGCUAAUGUCAACAAGAGUGAUACUUGUCAAAACCUAUGAAAUUGCCAAAUUGUGUCCGAUUAUUCAGCCUGGCAGAUAUAUAUCAGUCUAUAUAUAUGUAAAUCUAUAUUUGACCGUGAAAAGCAUAAUGUGGGGAAAUUGGACAGGUUUAGGAUUUGGGAAAGGCACAUUUCUAACACUAAUCAGCAGAAGCACUAUGAAUAAAACACUAGAUUCUCUAACUGAAGACAGAGCGUUCAAUGUAGCAGUUGUUCGUUCGACUGACGCAGCUUUAUACCACUAACCUUAGGUCACUCCGAUUUGUUUUUCAUUUUCCUUCUUUUCGUUCUCUUAUUCUUAUUUUGUACAUGUGUUGUGUAAAAUGUAUAUUAUGUAUAUAAAGAGGAUUAUAUACAAAUAUUUGCUAAAGAAAAAAAAAACAGUUAAUGUGAAGAUUCUUAUGUGAAAAUAAAUGGUAUUUUUGGAAAA